UAGUCUAGUAAAACCGUAUUUUUUUCAUAAACAUGAAAUAGGCAUUAGCAUGAGUUAAAUUUCAUAUGAAUUAGAAAUAAAGUUCUAACUGCUAUUUCUAAGGCAAAAUUAGAGCCUGUUCAAUGUUCAUGAAUCAUCAUCAUCAUGAUACCUAUGUGCGCCUGCCAUCGUCGCCAUGAGUUUGUGGUUCAACUUCAAGAAAGGGUUUCCAUGGCUUGUGAAAUACAGUAGGCUUGCAGUUCGAAAAUUCUUUAAUUUACGGCCCCAGAAUUCCAGUUGUUGUCCAAAGAGUAUUUAUUUUUCACACUAGGCAACUUGGCUGCAGUUCCUGGUUCAAUGAUAGUCAAUCAGCCUGCACACCUUGCUGAAGGAGAUGGUGACUGCCCAGCUCUGGUACCUGGCUCCCUGCGGGCUUACAAUAUGAAGUACUGCCCCUAUGCCCAGCGCACUUUACUGGCCCUUGCUUACAAAAACGUCAAGUUUGACAUUGUCAAUAUAAACUUGAAGCGCAAGCCUGCCUGGUUUUUGUCUCGCACUAUGCUCGAAAAGGUGCCUGUGCUGGAGCAAGCUGACGGUAGCAUCAUAUCCGAGUCCAUGGUGACCAUGGACUAUCUUGACGAAGUUUACCCUCAGCCACCUCUGCUGCCUCAAGACCCAUGGAAGAAGGCUGAGGAGAAAGUUUGGGUUGAAAUCUUUGGACUGUCAGUCUCUAAGAUCUACAAGUUGUACAACACAUCCCUUGAUGAAGCCACCAAAGAUAAAAUCUUUGAAGAAAUCACGCAAGGUCUGGAUGUCUUUGAUAAAGAAUUAGCCAAGCGUGGCACCAAGUUUUUUGGAGGCUCUCAGCCUGGUCUGUUGGACUUGGCUAUCUGGCCAUGGUUUGAGCGCAUGCCUCUUUUGCCGCUGGUGUUUCAUCGCACUGCGCUCACUGCGAAGCAGGCCAACCUGAUGAAGUGGGUGUCGGCCAUGGAAGAGGUACCGGCAGUCAAGGCUCUCAUCAUCCCUGCUGAAGAGCACGCAAAAUUUAGGACAACAUGUAUGGCUGGCGAACCGGAGUAUGACUUGGCGCUCAAGCCGAAAAUAUAAACCUAACCUAUCCUCUCCGGCGAGCAUGGACUCUCAUUCCACAUGGACUCUCUAUGUAAAUUAUUAUCUUUUGUUAUGAAAAUUAAAAAAUAGCUUGCUCUGUCCUUAUAAUCACAACGAUGGUUGGUAAAAAAAUUCUCUACAUUUUCCCAUUUCUCCAAUUAUAUAAAUGAUAAUUUCUGGCAACCAAAUCGUGUGUUCCGUAAUGAAUGAACACUUGCUCGCUCGGGCCUGAACAUUUUUUCAGAAACUAGUGCCUUGAAUGCUGCAUUCAAUCUCUUCUCUAUUGUUAAUUUCUAAAAAUUAUUUUGUAUGACAAUAACAAGGUAUUUAUAAAA